AACGGGGGGGGGGGGGGGGCGGAAAAAAGCAAUGAUGUUUGUGCGUGUGUGCGUAUAACAACUCUCCAUCAUCUCCUAGCAGAGGGUCCAUUAGCCCCGGACCCCCUCCCCUGUUGCCCAGUGAUAAAGUAAACCAUGUGUGUUUGGCCAAUCCGUCAUGCAAAUAUUUGUUCUGGAAGCUACCUCAUCCUACCGGAGCGACACACACACACACACACACACACACACGCGGCCCGUGCUGAGGUAUAUAUGCAGUGCCCAGCCUGGCGGCCCAGAGUCACAAACUUGCAUACAGAAAAGUCCUGGACCAGACCUUCCCUCGGACUUCGGCACAGCCACGCAACUGACCCUCUCGGUGUUGAGAAGCCGACAUGGCGGCGGGCGUCAUCAGAACCUUCCUCGUUCAGGCCCCGACCCCGGCCUACUUCCCGCUGAUCUUCCAGCGCUCGCCGUGCAAGGAAGACGAGGAUGUGGAGAUGCCGGAGGACAAGCCGGAGAUGACGGAAGAUGAGGAAGAGAGAGAGGUCGACGAGGAGGAGGAGGAGGAGGAUGUAGAAUCUGAAGCUCAGGAGGAAGAGGAGGAAUGCUUGGAGGUCUUCUUAAAUCCGGCCCACCGCGCUUCAGAUGUGACCAAGCGGCUGCUGAGGUUCGCCGAUCUCAUCAGCCGCGACGUCCAGCGGUACUUCGGCCGCUGCUCCGGCGAUCCGGAAGGCUGCGACAUCUACAGCGACUCGGUCUCCGUCGCGACCAGCGGCCGUCUGCGUUACUACGACGACCUUCUGAAAAUCGCGAGAGCGGGAGGCCAGGAGGGGCAAGAAGACAGCUCGGCGGCCUGCUCUGACGACCCGGGAGUCGGGGUCGCUAAGGGCAACAGCGGUUUGGGGCCCUUGGCCGAACUUUUCAGCCAACGGGGCCCGAGUCAGGGCCCCAACCGGCCGAUGAUCAAGCGGCUCCUACCGCUCAGUUUCUGGACCGAGCCGACGCCCUGCGGCUCUCUGGUCGCUUUCAGCAACACACCUGAGGUCACGCACGCGCACGGUGACACACUUUCGCAGGACAGCGCGCACACAGACUCUAACACACGCGCGCAGUGCGAUCCGCUGCCACAGCACGACACACACGCCCUGGAAAACGCUCAGCUGGACUUCAGUGACUUGCUGGCAUACUGGGAUCCGAACCCAGAGCUCGCACACACGCUGACGGAGGACACACACAUGCAGCACUGAACACGGCGGCCCACAGCAGCUUCAUUCACAUUCGUUUCAACCUUGAAAGAUACUUGUAAAAAGAUUAAUAAAGGACAAAGAAAAAAACGGA